AUGGCGGAAGGGUGAGUUUUCCAGUGCUUUUUUAAAUGAAACCUUUCAAAGACAAUUUUCAGACCAUCAACUUGUGGAUGCCGUUCAAAAUGUUCGGUCGAAAUUCCAUAUUUCGACCAAAAAAUCAAAACUUAUUCGCCAAAAAUCGCGGCUUUAAUUCGAACAAUCACUGUAAAAUGGGAAAGAUUGAACAAAUAUGAUGUUUUGAUUUGGGCUCAGAAAACCCAAUUUGACCCGGAAAUCGAGCACAAAAUUCAGGCGAUUCGCGAUUUUUCAAUGUGCCCAAAUAUUUUGGAAUUUGCUGGAAAAUUUGAAAAUUGGAAUGAAGCGGUGGCGGAAAUUCGAGAAGAUUUGAAAAAUGCGCAAAAUCAAAAGGUGAAUGAAAGGGAGCUUUUUCCAUGGGACACUUCAAAUCAUGAUGAAAUUUUUACCAUACAUUCAUUGAUAUACGAAUAAAACUGAGUCUCUCAAAUUUUUAGUCUCCCAAUGGACCUGUGAAAAAAAGUGUGGAGCUUUGGUUUUUGAGCUCAUGCUAUGUGUGUUCGAUAUUUUUUGCAAUAAUUUUUGUUCUGUUUUUUUUUGGGUUACUGUAAUUUCAUGAAAAAAGUAUGAAUUCAUGCAAUAAAUGUUUGAAAAAAGUAUAUAGAUAGGGAAAACAUAAGGAACGAAGAAAGUGUUGAAAAUAGAAAAAAUAUCACAACUUAUUUACACUUGUUGAAGAAUAUUAUCUUGUAAUUUUUUAGACGUCAAAAUUUUCUCACAUGUCUAUUGGAAGACUAAAAACUAGAGACUCAUUUUUAUAUGUAUAGCAAUGUACUGUGAUAUACACUUAAAAACUUGGAGCACGAAAAUUACACUCAUGUAUGUCUAUGAAUAUCUGGAAUAGACUAAAUUUGUCUAGUUCGGAGUCAAAAAUUUACAAAUUUCAAGCAGAAACAUUUAAAAAAUGUGUAUUUUAUUUAGGUUUUCACAAUCUUCGUGAGAACAUUGGACGAAGAAAAACUCGAAUUUCACGUCAAACAAUCUGACACAGUCAAAAGUUUAAAAUUCCAAAUUGAAAAUCGACAAGGCAUGCCAACUAUGCUUCAAAGAUUGAUUUUCGAUGGAAGACAAACGAAUGACGAUAAGUCUCUUGGUUAUUUAAAAGUAAGUUGGAUUUAAAAAAUAAAAAAUUUCUCAAUUUUUCAAUUUCAGCUAGAUGCCGAUUCCGAUAUUCUUUUGCUUCCAAAACAGCUCGGCGGUGAGAAGUGUCAGCACUAA